UCCUGCCAUGGGGUUGGGGGGUGGGGGGAGUCAGGUUUGAUCACUGUCUGCUUGGACUCUCGCUGGGGUGCACAGGCCAGCCAGCGCUCGGCUGCCAGCCGUGCUCCGUCCCUCCGCAGGCUCCGGGCUGCAGAUAAAAGCGCUCCACGCAGGGAUCCUCAUCGCAUUACGCAGAUUCACAGCCUGGGUGUAGGGUGAGCCACUGGCCUGCACACGGAGAUGCUAUAACUACGACAAGAUUAAAGACAUGUUAGGACCAUGAUCCAUGGCUGUGCUCUGUGUGUCAGUGCAGGUUGUGUUGCAGGAGGAGAUUGAAUGCCUCUAAAAUCUCAAGGCUGUGAGCCCUGUGCAGGGUGGUGAUGAGCAGUCAGGGCAGCAGCAGCAGGGGAAGUGACCAGCAUGCUGACACUCCUCCCCCUCGUCACUCCCCUGGACCCAAGCUGCAGGUGCAGCGCUCCCUCUCUCGUGACACCAUCACCAUCCACUUCUCUGCUCUGGGGAAGGAGGAAGAUGAUGAGGAAGAAGAGCUUUACGGGGUACCUGUUGGAGCUAAAUCUGGGAUGGAUGGUGCAGGGGGACUCCAAGGUCUAGAAGCUUCAGGGGCUGACGACCAGUCUAUUGCCACAGGCUUGGAAGCAAAAGAGGAGCUGCUGUUUGAAUCCACAGGAGUGGAGGCCUUCUCUGGAGCUGCUGUGCUCCCUGUUUCAUCCACCACCCUGUCUGUUCAAUCCUCAGAUCCUCAUUCACACACACCUUCUGCAGCCAUGACUAUUAUCCCCACCUCCACACACUCCCACCUGAGCUCCAGCCCACCUGCCAGUUCCUCUUGGCCCUCUGAUCGACCCACAGCUAAUCCUCCAUGUACAAGCUCCAGCUCCUCCUCCUCCCCUUGUAAGUCUGCUGCGCUGUCGUCCUCCAAGCCUUUUCUCAGCCUGGUCAGGUCUUUGUCCAAUGAUGUUGAAUCUCGAGAAUCCACACCUGCACCCACCACAGUGGCACCAUCUCAUGCACGCCACAGACACUUAAUGAAAUCUUUUGUUAAGUCUCUAUCCACGGACACUUCAAAGGCCGAACAUCAGGAAGGGCCUCUUCACCACUAUCUUCAUCAGCAGCAGCAAAUACAGCCAUCCCAUCGGCCCCCACCCCGCAACAUGCAGCUGUUCAAGCAGUUCUCCCAGCCUCGAUUAUCCUCCAGCCCUGUCACUGUCUCUCAAGCAGGUGGAGACUCCAAAACAGCCCCUUCUUCCCCCAUCAUGUCCCCAGAUGGUAGGUCUUUCUUCAAAGUGCAAGAGGUGGAAGCCAAGAUAGAAGACACCAAGCGGCGGCUGUCAGAGGUGAUGUCAGACCCCAUGCAGCUUUUCAGUAAGAUCAUGGGGGAUGAGUCUGGUGUGGGAGCUGGUGGAAGUGCCAGUCAUCGCGCCAAAUCGCUGUCCUCCAGUGCGUCAGAGCUCAGUGGAGUUACAGCGGUAAAUGGACAUGCAGAAGGUAACAAUAACUACAGCAUCAAGGAGGAGGAAGGGGUAGAAGGGGAAGAAGAGGAAGAAACACCCACGGGCAAGGGCCCAGACUCAGUUUUUUUCUCCUUCCCAUCACUGCCACCAGCUCCAGCCCAGGCCUCCUCAUCCAAUCUCCACAAGUCUCCUUCUCUUACUCUGGGCCGCUGCUCUAUGUCAGCCCUGGUAGCUCGACAGGAAGAUGAGGACUUCUGUGAACUGUACAGUGAAGACUUUGAGUUAUGUACUGAUACAGAGACACCAGAUGGGGAUCGUCCCGGGUCCCGGCAGCCCCAUACUGGUAGCACUGGUUUGUGUAGUGAAGUUGAUAUGGAGGAAGACGAGAAAGCGGAGGAGGAGGUGGAGACUGUGCCUGUGACUGGCCUCAUCUUCUUAACGCAGUUGGUGUACUGGUACUUAGUCCUUCCGGUGCCACCUUGUGUAUGUGCAGUGGUGCAUGGGAUAGCAGCUGGGUUCAUGUUGGCCUUGCUGGUCCUUUGGCUGUCCUCUCCUCGACGCUCCUCAUCAGGCAUGAGAAAGGGGAGAGGAAGGAUAAGCCACUGGAAUGUGGCCCAAUUGGAUAUAAAAGAACCAGGAAUAUUCAAGGGCUGGAUGAAUGAGAUCCACAGCUACGACCCAGAGAUGUACCACGCCACCCUGACCCACUCUGUUUACGUCCGUCUGGAAGGUUCUGUCUUGCGUCUGUCCAAGCCCAACCGGAACAUCUCCCGUCGGGCUGCACACAACGAGCCUAAACCAGACGUCACCUACAUCAGCCAGAAGAUCUAUGACCUGACCGACAGCAAGAUCUACCUGAUGCCCCAGAGCUUGGCCAGGAAGAGAGUUUGGAAUAAAAAGUACCCUAUUUGCAUUGAGCUGGCCAAGCAAGAAGACUUCAUGUCCAAGGCCCAGGGAGAGAGGCCUGAGCCUGGGGAGGACAAAUUAACUGGGCUGGGUGAGAAGCUAGAAAGAACAGACAAAAGUGAGAAAGCUGAAGGAUCAGCACCAGCAGAGGAACCCAAAAGACCAACUUCUGGAGGAGGGGAUCUGACAAUCUACCUGUUUGGGAGGACGGGUCGGGAAAAGGAAGAGUGGUUCCGGAGAUUUCUUCUAGCAUCCCGAAUGAAGUCAGAGGGGAGAAGCGGCAGUCUGCCUGGCAUCUGCAAGAGUGCCUUCCUGCCCUCCCACAGCCGCAGUAGCAGCACCCAAUCUGGUGGAGGCCUGGAGGCUGACAGCAGGAGCAGCAGCCGGGGAAGCCAGGAGGAGCUCUCACAGUCUCGUCACAGAGAGACCUCCUCUGCUCUCUCCUGUGGCUCUGCUGGAGGGAUGAAGCAGAAGAUGCUGUUGGACUAUAACGUCUACAUGGCCAAAUAUGUCAACCCCCAGGGACCACCAAGAAGCCCGACUGCCACUGGUAGCCCUGGGAACAGUCCUGACAGCAGCCCCAAAACUACCAAAAAGUUACGCCAGAGUUCAGAAGAGACCGAGGAGCCCGAGGCCUGGGUUAAUGCUUUUCUGGGAAGGAUAUUCUGGGACUUCCUGGGAGAGAAGUACUGGGCCAAUGUAGUCUCCAAAAAGAUCCAAAUGAAGCUCAGUAAAAUCAGGCUGCCAUAUGUUAUGAAUGAGCUGACUUUGACAGAGCUAGACAUGGGCUUUUCCAUCCCUAAGAUCCUUCAUGCCUCCAAACCCUCUGUGGACCACCAAGGUCUGUGGUUUGAUCUGGAGGUCUCCUACACAGGCUCCUUCCUCAUGACACUAGAGACCAAGAUGAACUUGGCCCGGCUCGGGAAGGAGGGCGAGGGGCUCGGAGAGCACGGGAAAGAAUGGGCUAGGCCACGGACAUACUGUCUGGCAGACAGCGAUGAGGAGUCGUCUAGUGCUGGCUCAUCGGAUGAGGAGGAUCCUCCAGAACUCCUCAGUGACAAACCUAUUCUGCCUGGAGGAGAGGGCUAUGUGGGAGGCCACAGGCCCAGCAAGAUCAUGCGCUUUGUGGACAAGAUAGCCAAGUCGAAGUACUUCCAGAAAGCCACAGAGACGGAGUUCAUUAAGAAGAAGAUGGAGGAGGUGUCCAACACACCCCUGCUGCUCACCGUGGAGGUGCAAGAGUGCCGCGGGACACUCGCUGUCAACAUCCCACCUCCACCCACAGACAGGAUAUGGUAUGGUUUCCGGAGUCCGCCUCACCUGGAGCUGAAAGCACGGCCUAAACUGGGUGAAAGGGAGGUCACUCUAGUUCACGUGACUGACUGGAUUGAGAAGAAACUGGACCAGGAGUUCCAGAAAAUAUUUGUGAUGCCAAACAUGGAUGACGUGUGGCUACCCAUAAUGCACUCUGCCAUGGACACGCGUUCAAAUGCCAACUUGGUUACUGUGACAAAUGAUGCCUUGAAGGACCCAGAACCCGAAGAGUCUGAGGUCUCUGACAUGUGAAGAGGUGCUGGUCAAAGUGUACUCUGAUGGAUAUUUUAUCACCGUGGCAAUAUGACAAGUCCCCUGCCCCACUCAGAAAACCACAGGUGCAACAAUGGGCCAGGCAAACUCUCCAAUAUUUUUACUCCUGCCCCAGACCCAUUGAAGCACCCGUCUGUGGCCAUUCAUGAAGUGCACUCACAAAACAGGGAAGUGUUGGCAAGCUCCUAAUCAUUUGUGGCCACUAAACGCAGGAGAACGAAAGAGAAAUUUGACUCAUAGACUGUCAUCCAAUCACACAGUUUUAUUUGUGUGACAUCAAAUAUUAUGAUUCAUUCUCUGAUGAAAUACAAUACAUGGGGCAUGUUGAGACUGUCUUAACGAAUGUGCGUGGUGGUGGAUUGACACAUAGCCAUCUGUUUCAACCUGAAGAACCAUAAUACCUGUGAUGUACAGCUGCACCAAACAUGAUAGUUGUACAACGUAAACUUUUUCGUGUGACCUUUCCAGUUGAGAAGUUUAUUGUUGCUCUAACUCUAUGAGAACUUUGAGGCCACUGAUGAAGGGUGUGUAAGUCUGAGUGAGGGAAUAAUCCUAAAAUUUGCAGAUGACUUUGCUGAAUUAAUAUAAACAUUUCACAGGGAUAUCAAGACUCAUUUAACACCCAUCCACACUGCUGCCUGUGCCAGCCGCCUGGCACUUAUAUGCAAACAGAUCAAUGGCGCUGUGUCCAUCAAAGAUACUGAGUCAGUUUAAAUCCUCUAUGGACACUGUCAUAACGUACAGCCUGUGUGCUUUUUACUGUGUGGUAGGGAUUAGAGCUAAAACUGACUUUAGUGGGAUGAAUUAAAAUAUAUCAGCAAACACAGCAGCUAAACAUCGCCUAGGUCUGAUGAAUGUAUAAAUAGGAAUGCAGCUCCUUAGCUCAUUCAAGGAAAAGCUCAUUCACUGACAACAUGCUUCUACACAACAUGCUUCAAGACUUUUUUCAUGUUAUAUUCAGAGUUGAGCAUAAGUAAUAAUUUUCUGUUUUUCUUGCCAAAGCAAUCUUUCAGUCCUGUUUGAAGGAUACGGUGUGAGGUAAACAGUGACGAAUAAGCAAUCGGAUUAUUAACCUGUGUUCCCACUGAUGCCAGUCCAGUGAUGUACAGUCAAUGUCUGGAUAAUUGUAGCUGGAAAGUCAUGAGACAGUGAAAUAACCUGAAGGGAGUGAUUUUUUAAUUUUUUAUUUAAUUUUUUUUAUGAGGGGGUAGCAGGAGUCUCAAACGGUGUUGAUGUGGUAACACAUAUGUUUUAGGUGAAAAGAGCUGGAAACAUACCCACUCUGCCUGUUUUAUCUGAAUAAAUAACAUACUGGAUAUUAGCCAUAUUAUUUAAUGUUGUCAGCAGACAUUGAGCUAAAGAAUGCUUUUUGUUGACUUAUUUAUUGAUUUGCUGUUAUUUCUGUACUGUACACAUUAAAAAGGAAUAAACCAGAACAACAGCAAAGCUGUAAUCUGCCAAGACACUCGGCUGCUUUACAGGUGACAUUUACUUUACAUGCUUUACGUUAAAAUAUGUGUGUUGGCAAAGUGUAUGAGGCAGAAAGUGCCUUUAAAAUAAACAUUCCUCCAUUGUGAGCCACCACAUUUGUUGCGUCAGUUGGGGAUAGAGAGAAAAAGUCUUUGUGCCAUUACUUGUGUCUGUUAAGACAUAUUUGUUUUCACAGGUUUCGUUGUUCAUUUUCACAGUGAUGAAAAUAUCAAACAUUGCUGUUGUGUUCAGUGAUGUCACAGAAUGUUACGGUUCUGAUCGUUGUGGAUCAAUAAAACCUUUUGCUUGGAAAGAAUUACUGCGACUCUGUGGUUGUGACAGAAUCUACAGACCUAUUCAAAAUGCUUGUUAAAAUUUCUAAUUUCCUGUAUUUGUGCAUUUUUUUGCAGAAAAAAAAAAGUGAUUGUUCUGAACUGCAUUUAGAUGAUGUGCCUUGCUUUAAAAGAGUGACUUGGAGAAGUUGCCAAGAAACCCCAGUUAUGACAAGACAUGAUCUCGCACCACUGUAGACCUUUGUGAAUGGCCAGUGAAAAGGCCAUUCAGGUUCAGAAAAGUGCUUUAACUGAACUCAAUUUACUAAAACAUGUAAGAUGAAAUAAAUGAACAACACUGUUUCAG